AUGGAUAGCUUCGCCUCUAAGCUCCUUCUUCUUUUGGUGAUUGUUCACGUCCGCCCCUCACUGCAGGAUCCCUCCUGCAACGCCACAGAGAGAGAGCUUCUCUCCAACGCCUUCGCCUUCGUCUCUGGCUUCCGAUUAUCGCAGUUGCUCCAGAACUCUACCGGCCGCGGCGGCAGAGAUGAUUGCAGCGCCGCCACGGAGAUAAGGCUGCCAUCGAGGAAUCUGAGAGGGACGGUCUCGUGGAAGUUCAUGCGGGAUGUCUCCUCCCUCCGCGUCCUGGACCUCUCCGGCAACUCGCUGAGGGGCUCCAUCCCCGCUGGCUUCUGGUCAGCUCCCCUCCUCACCGAAGUGAAUAUCGCCGACAACCACCUUGGAGGCGCCGUCGGGUUCGACGCGCAGCACGGGCGUCCAUUGUCCUCCCUUCUCGUCCUCAACCUCUCCGGCAACCGAUUCACCAACUCGGUCCGGUUGUCGGGAUUCCCCCGGCUCCGUUUCCUGGACCUCUCCAGGAACGACCUGAGGUCUUGGCCCUCUGGGCUCGGAGGACUGACUCAGUUGUCGUACUUGGAUAUAUCCAGCUGCAACAUCUCCGGCGACGGCGAGCUCCUCGCUGGCCUUUCUUCCUUGGAGCAUUUGGACGCUUCGAGGAAUUGGAUAAGUGGGUCGUUCCCUGCGGAUCUCCCCCAGCUCUCAAGAAUCAAGUUUCUGGACAUAUCGUUCAACAACUUCACCGGGAGAGUGGCGGCGAUGGAUCUGCGGAAGUUCGGCGCCGGGGCUUUCGUCCACGCCGGGGUUGAGAUUCUCUCAGAAAAUACCUCGACUCCUUCGCCUUCUCUCCUUCCCGAAGAUCACAGAGGGGAACAGAAGCGAAGCCAUAGAAAACUGAGUCGUCCCCUAGUGUGGGGCCUGGCGUUAUCAGCCGCUCUCUUGUCAGUCUUGACAGUGGUGAUGGUUGCAGCUUGUGUGCGCUGGAAAGGGUGGAGGAGCGAAGGGAAGAGUAAGGAAACAGUGAUGACGGGAGGAGGAGCUGCGGCGCCGCCUUGGGUCGCAGAAAUCAUCGCCGGCGGCCCAGUUGAUGCGGCGGCGCCAGUGGUGAUGUUCGAGAAGCCGCUGCUGCAGCUGACGUUCUUAGAGCUCGUGGCCGCCACUUCAGGGUUUGCGGAGGAGACCCAGCUGGCUGAGGGCCGGAGGAGCGGCACCGUCUACCGGGCCGUACUGCCGGGGGAGAUAGACGUCGUCAUCAAGCUGCUUGACAGCGCGCGCACGAUGGAAGCGGCAGCGGCCAAGGCCAUGUUUGAGGAGCUCAAGCAUCUAAAGCACCCUAAUAUCCUUCCUCUUCUGGGUUUCUGCAUUGCAGGUAAAUUCACAAAGUUGAACUCUGGAAGAGGGUACAGUGGAUUCAACGUUUGAAUCUCUCGCGACCUAAAUUUCUUUCCUCUUCUUCUUCUUCUUCGUCAGGGAGAGAAAAGCUGCUGCUGUACGAGUACAUGGAAAACGGUGACCUGCGGCGGUGGCUGCAGGAGCUUCCCGCCGGCCACCCCAACGUGGAGGACUGCAGCGGUGACGCGUGGGAAAGAGGAGCUCUCGCUUCGAGCAGCCUUCCCUCCCAAGAGAUGGCGGCCAUGGGGUGGGCGACUCGGCACCGAAUCGCCAUCGGAAUCGCCCGGGGACUCGCCUUCCUGCAUCACGCCGGGUCGAAACCCGUCGUCCACGGACGCCUCGUCCCCUCCAAUGUCCUCCUCGACGACGACUUCGAGCCCCGCAUCACCGACUUCGGCACCGGCGGCGGCGGAAGCACCGAGGAAGACGUCUACUGCUACGGGCUGCUGCUUGUGGAGUUGCUGACGGGGAAGGUGGCGUCCCCCGCGGUAGUGGCGGCGGUGCGCCGCCUGGUGAGGGAGAAGGACGCGGGGCGGUGCCUGGACCCGCGACUGAGUCAACACGCAAGUGACUCGGAGGAAGAGGAACGGGCGGAGAAGGAGAUGGCGGAGGCCCUCCGAGUCGCAUUCCUCUGCACCGCCGAGUCGUCGGAGAAGCGGCCCACCAUGAGGCAGGUCGUCGGCCUGCUCAAGGAAAUUCGCCCUUCUUGUCCGGCCUGGUGA